UUAGAUUUUGAAACUUACAUAUGUUCUGUAUGGCCGUUUUCCUUUCAACAAAUAAAGAAAAAUUUAAAAACUGAAAAUGAACAGAUUGAGACACUCUGUUGCAAACUACUAACCGAAUAAUGAAUCUCUCCACAGUAAAAAAAGAAAAACCUGAGAGACAGAACAGAGGGAUCGAGGAAUGAGAGACACGAAGACGACUAAGAGAGAAUGUCGUCUUCGUUGUUUCUUCGUCAACUUUUUCUCUUCAUCUCCUCUCUCCUCAUCCUUCUCUUCUCCGGCGAUGUUCCCUCCGCCGCCGGAGCUCCCUCUCCGGUCGUAUCUCCCCGUGCGAUGAUGAGAGAGAGAAGGAAUAAGAUGCAAACGAUGGAGUUUUUAAACGCGCACAACACAGCGCGGGUAGCUUCAGGCGCGUCGCAUCUCAGAUGGGAUCAAGGCCUGGCCCGUUUCGCAUACGAUUGGGCCAAACAACGCAAAUCGGAUUGUAAAAUGACCCAUUCAGGUGGGCCUCACGGAGAGAAUAUAUUCUGGUACCAGAGGAGUGUGAAUUGGACGCCCAAGAGAGUGGUCGCGACGUGGGUGGAUGAAAGCUUGCACUACGACCGGACGACUAACUCGUGUGGAGCUGGUAAGAUGUGCGGUCACUAUACGCAGAUAAUUUGGCGCGCAACCACAGCCGUUGGAUGCGCACGUGUCAAGUGUGACAACGAACUUGGAUUCCUUGUGGUUUGCGAGUAUUCACCUGGUGGAAAUUACGAAGGCGAAAGUCCCUAUGAUUUGCCUAAAUAAAAUUACAAUUUUCAAUUUUAAUGUUGUUUUCUCUAAACUGUUCGCUCCAGUUCAAAUGAAACCAUUUUUUUCCUGAAUUUCCUUAAUGUUUCUACUUCUACUAAUGUAAUGUAAUGUACAAAUAACGUGGAUCGUGUUUUUAUACGUAUACUGGGCCUAUAAUUGGG